GCGGGCACUGGGUCAGACAUUGGAUCGUCUGACUGGACAGCAGGCAUCGGGUCACCAGGCAUCAAGUCAUUUGGCUUGACAGCGAGCACCGCGUCAUCUGGCAAGGCAGUGGGUUCCGAGUCAACUGGCAUGACCGCGGGCACUGGGGCAGACAUUGAAUCGUCUGGCUGGACAGCGGGCAUCGGGUCACCAGGCAUCAGGUCAUUUGGCUUGCCAGCGGGCACCGCGUCAUCUGGCAAGGCAGUGGGCACCGGGUCACCAGGCAUUGGAUCGUCUGGCUCGACAGCGGGCAUCGGGUCACCAGGCAUCAGGUCAUUUGGCUCGCCAGCGGGCACCGCGUCAUCUGGCAAGGCAGUGGGCACCGAGUCACCAGGUACGACAGCGGGCUCUGAGUCAAUUGGCACGACAGCGGGCACCGGAUCAGGUACCGGAUCAUCUGGAUCAACAGCGGGCAUCGAGUCAACUGGC